AUGUCGACUCCUAAAUUCAUUCGAAAAGAUUAUUCCACAAUGAGCAUUCUUCUAUAUGGUGCAUCGAGAAGUGGAAAAUUCACAUUUAUCAAUGCUCUUGCCAACUAUUUUCAUUCCCGUUUCAUUCCUAAUGGCAAUACAUUGAAAAUCAUCGAUACAUUUGACUUUGGUGUUCCACACGGGCAAAAUCAAGAUGAUGCGAAUCUCCAACGUAUCUUUUCUUAUUUAUUGCAAAAUUUCUCACACUUAAAUGCGUUGUGCAUUCUAUUGAAACGAAAUAUGAAUAAAUUAUAUCCAUCACUACUGCAUAUGCUCCAAUUCUUUGACAGUGACUUUUAUUCAAAUGUUUUCUUUUGCUUUACCAUUAGUGAUGCUGGUCCUGUUUUAAGAAAGUUUCUUCAUCCAAUGCUGGAAACCGUUCGAAACCUUAUAUUGAACGCCGAACAAUCUGCGAAGAGCGUCGUUCGAUUGAAAUCAAUGCUUCUGUCACAAUCUAUGCUCAUCUAUUAUAUCCUAGAUCAACCUUGUCAAAAUUUCGAAGGAAUUCAGAUUAUGUCUGAUGAACUAUACCCAACGAUACGUGGCGAAUGUAAAAAUGAGCAUUUAACCACGAAGUAUCGUUUUAAUUACGGAUUCAAAGAGAAGAGCGGAAUUCGAUCACCGUCGGUGCUGUAUUCGAUUAUUUCUCGAUGGAAUGAACGGAAUGAAAAGAUGCGAGAUGAACAUUAUUAUGCGAGUUUUCAUCGCGUGAAAACAACAGCUACAUGUAAAAUUCGUUCAAAGAUCCUAAAACAAGAACCCAAAAUGAAACGCAAACGACCGCCAUCUGCUGCAGUUUAA